AUGAUCGGCGACAGCAGCGACGCCGUCUGGGGUGUGAUGGACAUGGUCCCGCGAACCGACUACCCCGACAUCCGCAAGAAAUCCAGCAUUCGGUCACGAGCGGGAAACCUGCUCAUUAUCCCUCGCGAAGGCGACAGUGACAAUCUGACUCGGUUCUAUAUCGAGCUUCCCGCCGGGACGAGGGCAAGGGACGUGAAACUGGAAGAUCUUCAGACCGCGGCACGCAACAUUCUGAGCCAGUAUAGCAUCGAGUUCACCGAGACGGUGUGGUGGUCUGCGUACGCGAUUGGGCAGCGGCAUGCGGAUCAGUUCCAUAAGGAUCAUCGCGUGUUUUUGGCUGGUGAUGCGUGCCAUACGCAUUCGCCAAAGGCAGGACAGGGGAUGAAUGUGAGUCUCCAGGACGGGUAUAACAUGGGGUGGAAACUGGCUGCCGUGUUGAAGGGACUGGCACCGGCGUCGCUGCUGGAGACGUAUGUGCUGGAGAGACAGAAGGUGGCGAUCGAUUUGAUUAAUUUCGAUCGGUACUUCUCCAAGCUGUUUUCAUCCGGGGGAGAUAUCUCGCCGACCGAGUUUCAGGAAGGGUUUGUGAAAUCGGGCAAGUAUACGGCCGGGUUGACGGCCAGGUAUGAGAAGUCGAUGAUCACAUCGGAUAUGGAUGAGUCGGAGAACUUGGCUAUAAACAUCGUGGUGGGAAUGAGGCUUCCCAGUGCGCAAGUGGUGCGGUUCUGUGACUCCAAGCCUGUGCAGUUGAUGACAGCUUUGAAGUCGGAUGGCCGGUGGCGAGUGAUGGCGUUUGUGGGAGAUCUGAGCUUGCCUGAGAACAGGACUCGACUGAGCAAGCUCGGAAACUAUUUUGCUUCAACCAGCAGCCCUAUCCAUCGCUUCCGCCCUACCAACUCAGACGUGGACAGCCUGAUAGAACCGAUAUUCGUGGCCCAUGGAAAGCGCCAUAACAUUGAGUUGGGAGAAACCCCUGCGUGCUUUUAUCCCAUCACCGGGAAGAACCAAAUCAAAGACUUGCACAAGAUAUACUUUGACGACGAAAGCUAUAACAAAGGCCACGGGCAAGCCUACGAAUUCCUGGGUAUUGGUCCUAAAAGGGGGGCCAUCGUCAUUGUACGACCAGAUCAGUAUGUGUCUGCUGUUAUCAGCCUAGACGAGCCUGAGAAGGUUGGGGAUUUCUUCGAUGGAUUCCUGCUCCCUAGGGAGGAGCAGGAUAAUAUCGCAUCGGAGAGUAAGUUAUAG